AUGCCGCCGAUCACCAACCCAGUCACAGCCCAAGAGCUGCAGAUUCUCUCCACAAAGGCCAUUGAGGCCAAGAGCCGCGCCUACUGCCCGUACUCCAAGUUCCGUGUCGGCGCGUGCAUCCUCACCACGUCUGGCGAGUUUGUGGUUGGUGCAAAUGUUGAGAAUGCUGCGUACCCCGUUGGAACCUGUGCGGAGCGUGUCGCCUUCGGUACGGCUGUUGUGGCGGGUCACAAGGAUUUCAAGGCUCUUGCUGUUGCUACAGAUAUCAAGCCUGCUGCAUCGCCCUGUGGAAUGUGUCGCCAGUAUAUUCGCGAGUUCACGACCCCUUCGUUCCCUGUCUACAUGUAUGACGCCGAUGGUGCGUACAAGGUCAUGACGAUGAGCGAGCUAUUGCCCGACUCAUUUGGACCGGAGGACCUGCCUAAAUGA